UAAACCAAUGUUUAUUUCUAUUCUUCUUCCUGAGAAAUUGGGAAUUACUUCUCCCCAUCUCUCUCUCUCUCUCUCUGUAAUCUAUCAGUCUCAAUCUCUUCUAAACCUCGGAUAUACUUGCAAUUUCGCAUCUUUAUCAAUCAAAAGAUUCAAAACCCAUAACUAAACGCCUUCUCAUGGACUCCCUUCAAGCCGCCUACAAGGAAGAAGAAGAUGACGAAGAAGAACCCACCAAUCACCUCGACCGCCCCACCAUUGAACUUGCCGAUGCUGAUCACCCCAACGAUGCAGAACAACCACUUAACGACACCGAAACCUCUCAAAACGGGGACUCCACUAAACAGCAAGAGCCAUUUGUAUCUGGCCUAUCUGAGUCGGACCCAACCACUUCUAACGACACCGAGAAACCCACCCUCAAAUCCCCCAAACAUGAAGACAUUGAGGAAGAAGAAGAUGAGGAUGACGAUGAAGAUGAAGACCCACCUCCCAAAAAGCAAAAACAACUCUCGUCUUUGACACUGCAGCAACGAGAAGAAGAACCCGCAACAAUUGACGAUAACAGCAACGGCAAUAAUGUAUCCAACGGAACGAAGACUCCGACGGCGGCACAAGCCACGGCGAAAAAGAAAUCCAAGAAAAAAAGCAACAACAAUGUGUGGGUAACGAGAUCUACUCGCAAAGGCAAGAAGAAAACCAAGCCUAAUCCCCAAAAUGCUCCUGCUGAAGAUACAGUGUUGAUUACCCCGGUCCCCAGGUUCCCAGAUAAAAGUGACGAUACUCCAGAUAUGAAAAUUUGCUUGUCCAAAGUAUACAAAGCUGAGAAAGUAGAGUUGAGUGAAGAUAGAUUGAGUGCUGGAAGUACGAAAGGGUAUAGAAUGGUGAGAGCUACCAGAGGUGUUUGUGAAGGCGCUUGGUACUUUGAGAUUAAACUGGCGAGCUUGGGAGAGACGGGGCACACUCGUCUUGGGUGGUCUACGGAGAAAGGGGACCUGCAGGCGCCAGUUGGGUACGAUGGUAAUAGUUUUGGGUAUAGAGAUGUUGAUGGGAGUAAAGUGCACAAGGCAUUGAGAGAGAAGUACGGGGAGGAAGGGUAUAAGGAAGGCGACGUUAUUGGGUUUUACAUUAAUUUGCCAGAGGGUUCAUUAUAUGCUCCUAAGCCACCUCAUUUGGUUUGGUAUAAAGGGCAGAGGUAUGUGUGUGCUCCAGAUGCUAAGGAGGAUCCUCCUAAAAUCAUAUCUGGAAGUGAGAUAUCUUUCUUCAAAAAUGGGGUUUGUCAAGGCAUUGCUUUCAAGGAUUUGUUUGGUGGUCGUUACUACCCUGCUGCUUCAAUGUAUACCCUUCCAAAUCAACCAAAUUGUGUGGUCAAGUUUAACUUCGGCCCAGAUUUUGAAUUAUUUCCAGAGGAUUUUGGUGGGCGUCCAAUUCCUAGGCCCAUGUUUGAAGUUCCUUAUCAUGGGUUUGACAACCGAAUUGAAAACAGCACGAUGAAUGAGAACAAACAUUAGUAAUCUUAUUAUCAGCGGAGUGGAAGGUCUUAUUUGAAUUGAUAGAGAACAGGGGUAGAUGAAUAGAUGGAUUGACUGAGGAAAACAGUCAGGUUUGUUCUAUUACUUCAAUAUGAAAGUUUGCUUCACAUAAAUCUAGUUUAGAGAAAUUUUUCAUGAACUAUAGUUAAUUGUUUGUAUGCACAUUGUUACACAUCCUUUGUCAUGCAAGGAGCAAAAUUCUUGUAUUUAUUUAUGGAUCCUAUUUAAAAUA